AUGACCGAAAGACUCUCCAACACCGCAAGCUCCUAUAUGGGAGGCGCCAAGCAAACCAUCGGCGAGACUAUCGGAAACACCGACCUUGCCGCAUCUGGUGCCCAGCAGAAGGCCCAGGCCGAUGCCGCCCAGAAGGCCGCCGAUGCCAAGACCAACGCCGAGGGUGUCGGCCACAAGGUCCAGGGUCAAGUCCAGCAGAACGUUGGAUCGAUGACAGGAAACACUAGCAUGGAGGCUCGCGGCCAUGCUAAUGAGACUCGUGGCGAUCUCGAGCGCAAGAUCUAA